AUGCCGUACUCUCCCAAAGUGGGCGACUCACUAGACUCGCUGGAUACGCCUUCUAUGAUUGUGGACCUGGAUCUUAUGGAAGUUAACUUGAAUAAACUCAUGAAACAACUCCUCCCCACUGGUGUCAACAUCCGUCCGCAUCUGAAGACUACAAAGUCUGCCAUUAUCGCGAAUAAGAUGGUUCAAGCAGGUGCAAAAGGUGGAUGCGUAGCGAAGCUUAGCGAGGCAGAAAUCAUGUGCGAGAAGGGUUUCACAGAUUUGCUGAUUACCUGUGAGAUUAUCGGCCCUGCGAAAGUGAGGAGGCUAGUGGAACUGGUCAAGAAGUACAAGGAAGUAAGAAUAGUCGUCGACAGCAAAGAAGGCGCUAGCGCUAUCGACCAAGCACUAUCCGAAAGCGGCUUCCAAGGCACAGUCAUGACGCUUAUCGAUCUCGAUGUGGGAUUACAUCGCACAGGUGUGCAACCGGGUGAACCAGCCUCAGAACUAGCACGUUUGGUCGCCAGCUCAAAGCAUCUCAAACUCAUCGGUGUACAAGGGUACGAAGGCCACCUGCAACACAUCCACGGCCUCGAAGAGCGCAAAAGCCAGUGUUUGGAGAGCAUGGAGAUUCUCACGUCGACUGCAGAGGCGCUGAGAAAAGACGGUCACGCAAUCGAUGUAGUAACAACUGGCGGAACAGGCACAGCGGAGUUCUGUGUCACCGUUCCUGGAAUCACAGAAGUACAGCCUGGCUCUUUCCUCUUUAUGGACACGGAUUAUCGCAACGCCGUCGGUUCGACAAACUACGCUCAGAGCCUGACGAUCUUAUCUACGGUCAUUAGUAAACAGGGUCCGAACAUCAUUACUAUUGAUGCGGGGCUUAAGUCGCUGACGACGGACUCUGGGCUUGCAGAAUGCAAGACACCGGGGUACACGUAUGGGGUCUUGGGUGAUGAGCACGGCAGCCUUGCUUGGGAGGAAGGCAAAGGUAAUGAGUUGAAGAUUGGAGACAGGGUCGAGAUGGUACCUAGUCAUAUCGAUCCGACAGUGAACUUGCAUAAUGUGUAUUAUGCGUAUCGGAAAGGGAUUAUUGAGGAGAUCUGGCCGGUGGAUAGUAGAGGGUGUGUGCAAUAG